CGAUGUCGGCGGCCGUGGAGCGGCGCCUGGCUGAGUUUCGCGCCGCCCGCGGUAGCGCUGCGGCCGCUCCGCGCCCCGUGGACCUGCCGGGAGUGUCCGCGGCUCCGGAGCCCGCCGAGGGACCGCGGGCCGCAGUGGGCCCGGGCGGCGGCGCCGCUCAGGUCCGUCCCGCCCCGGCGCCGGCGGCUCCGGUGUGGGCGCGCCCGCUGCUGCUGAAGGUGCUUCUCUGGGCCGUGCUGCUGGCGCUGUUCGCGGAGCUGGAGCUGGGGCUGCCCUACUUCGUCCUCUCCUUGCUCUACUGGAUGUACGCCGGCACCCGCGGCCCCGCCGAGCGGCGGCCCGGCGAGCUCAGCGCCUACUCCGUGUUCAACCCCGGGUGCGCCGCCAUCGCCGGCACGCUGACGGCCGAGCAGCUGGAGCGGGAGCUGCACUACCGGCCCGCCGCGGGCAGGUAGCGGCGGCCCGGCAGGGACAGCUGCUGUGCUGGGCCGGCCCCGCCGCCGCCGCACCAAGGACCCGAGGAAGGGCCGACGGGGGAGGAGACGGGGGUUGUUUCUAUGCAAAACGCCUUCUUGAGCCUUACUGCUGGCCCCGAGUCCCCCGGCGCCGUCCGGUCCCGAAUAAAGCCGUAGCAAAGCCCGCGCUCUGGUCUGGUUUCCUGGGGGCCGGGCAGCUGUUGCGGCCGCUGUCGGGCGGCCCCGAGAGGCACGGCCUUGUCACAGCUGCGGCUGCCAGCGUGUCAGCUGGUGCAUUUCAGCUCCAUAGGAGUUUUGCCGCGGCUUUGACUACACCUUCACUAGAAUGGUCCAACUGCUGCUCUUCCCAUACUGGCUGGAAGCCUCUUUCUGAAGAAAAGACAUGAAGAAGUGCUAUCCAUGUAUCUAAGACUGCUGUUUCAGUCUGCACUCGUGUCUUUGAUCUAACACAAACAUCUGAUUAUUAUGCGAAGUCCCUGUUUGCUUCAUAUUGGUUCUCAUAAUUUGUAACAUAAGCAAAAAAAAAGACUUAUGCCUGGCAGGUGUACUUGUAUGAUCCACCACUAUUUUUAAUAUACAGAUCAUUGCAUUAAACCAGAUCUGCCUAGCAAAGUGGUAGAGUCACCAUCCGUGGAAGUGUUCAGAGAACAGGUGGAUGUGGCACUUGAGAACAUGUUUUAGUGAUGAUUGUUGUGGUGGUGCUAGGUAGACAGACUUGAUCUUAAAGGUCUUUUCCAACCUUAACGAUUCUGUGAUUCAAUGAAAUCAUUAAGUCAUAGUGAAGAGCAGCUGCUAGGACUUGUGCCUCUAAGGACAAAGUUGAGAA